AUGGAACAGGAGAAUCCUCAUACAGUUUUACGCGCUAGAAUUGCACUUUUAGCUACUGCUAUUGGUGGUCCUGAUUAUACUUCAAAUGUGGAUCCUCCACCUUAUAAGUUAGGGGAUGACUGCCUAGCAUGUUUGAAAGAUUUGAAACGAUGGUUUAAAUUGGUUGAUGAUCAACAACAUACAUGGGAAGUGGCUAUGGCUGCCGCUGAGUAUAAAAUUUUCACCGAUGAUUUAAUACCAAUUUUAAUUGAUUGGGAAAACAAGUCUUGUAAGGAAGCCAAAAUAUUGAAAAAAAGACAAAAACAAAAUCCAGAUGAUCCUAAUCAAUCGUCAGUGCCCGUAAUGAAAAAUAAAAUAUUUCAUGAUAAAAUUGCUUUGCAUUGUCUACAACUAAUGGUGUUAAUGACAUGGCCUCUUAUAAUCACCGAACAUUCUUCUUCUAACCAAGUCAAUUACUAUGCAGACUUGAAAAAAUAUCAGCUAAUAUAUAAGAAGGCAAUUUUGUCAACUGAAAAUGGAAAGGUCUUGAAAGCAGUUAACAGGCUUGUUAUUAAGGUGAUGAAGGUAGAUAGAUUAUCAAGAAGUCCAAGAGACAAUAUGAUCAUUAAAUUGGCUUUAAAUUUUUUUAGAAAUUUGAUUGCUAUUGAACCUGGUGAGAUUAUGAUUACUAGUAAGAGACAGACUAAAACUGGAUCAAGUGAAAGUAGCAGCAAUACUGUUAACAAUAAAGGUAUUACAACAACAGAUUCUUUACCUCCAAAUGUUUCUCUUGAUGAUAUUUCUCUAAACACAUUAAUCAAAUGUUUCCAUGAAAAUAAAGUUUUAUCUCUAAUUUUGACCUUAUCAAGUUCAUUAAAUACAGAAUUUGAUCAAGAUUUCAUUAAUAUUCCCAUCUUAGAAAUUAUGUUUUAUUUAACCAAAGAUAUUAAUCCAAAAUUAUUAUUUAAGCAAGAAAAAAAUAAGCACGGACUACUACCACAUUCAAAUGAGUCCGAGGGUGGUUAUAAACUGUAUACAUCUAUACCUGAAAUGGAAUUAAAAGAUUUAUUGAAAAAGGAGUUACAGAUGAAAAAACAUUUGAUUAGAAAUACAUCUUCAAGACAUUCAAGAUUUGGUGCACUGAUAUCAAUCCAGACCGACAAUCAGACCAGAUUAACCGUCUCCGGGACACAAAACAUUUUAAAUGAAUCAACAGUCUUAAAUAAAUUAGAUAGCAGGAAAAGAUGGAAUAAAAGAAUCACUCGGAUUAAAGAUGAUCCGUUGGAAGAAGGCUUACCGAAUAAUUUAUUAAAUUCUCAAGGUUCAAGAUUUUUAUUAUUACAAAGUCACAUGGUUGAUAUUUUCACAAAUUUUAUUAAUAAUUUCAUUGAUUCUAGUUUUAAUAUCCUUUUACAUAGUAUCACUAAUUAUAUCACUACUGAACAAGAUAAAAUUGUUAUGAUAGAGCACAUUGAAUACCUUUUAUUUUACGCUUGGUUUCUCAAAUAUCAAAUGCUCAGAUGUUCUGUCAACCAAAACGCAGAUUUAAUCUAUGUGUCGGAAGCAUUAAAAGAAACCUCCUUUAUCUUAGUAUCCCAUUUAUUAAGGACUUCUUUUGACAUGAGAAAUUGGAUCAUGGUGCAUGCAGCAAUGAUCGCAUUCAAUGAAUUAUUAUUACUAGUUAAUAACGAAAAAAAUAAUGAUGCUGAUUCAGAGGAUAUUGAAUUUAUUCUAAGUCGGUUAUUUAGUGAUGAAAGAAUCCAGCUAUUGUCAAAUAUUCCCAAGACAGCAAUCAAACAUACAACACAGUAUAUGAUGAGUUGUAUUGAUUUAACACAUACCGUACUUAAAAUAUUGGAACAGUAUUCAUCAGACAACAAUAAAUUGAUAAUAACAGGUAAACGAAAAGGAAAGAGAAAUCUUCAUAUUAGUGAGGCUGACAUUGAAAAAGUUAUGGAAGAAGACAAAGUAGAGAGAGACGAAGCUAUCGAUAUUUUAACUCCAUCUUAUUCCUCAAUAGAAGUCGACUUCAAAAAGGUUCAACGUAGUUAUAUAAAUGAUUUUACAAUUGAAACCUAUAUUACUUUUUUAAGAAGAUUCAGGGAGCUAGAAAGUGAUCAAAUCAAAAAGAUUAUUGCAUUUUUCCAUAGAGUAUUCAUUCAAGCGAAGGAAGAAGCGUAUUUGUUUAGAUUAGACUUGAUUGUACUUUUACAUGAUAUGCUAAGUGAGGAUGGCAUUGAAAAAAGUGCUAGAGUGCGAAAACAUGUGGAACAAUUUACUAAUUACUAUUUGCAAAGAUUAAAAUCAAGGAUAAAAAAAUCACCAUCAUGGAUCAUAGAAUUACUUUUCCCUUCAAUUCAUGAUGGUGAAUUAUCCUACUACCAAAAAUACGGUGAAAAAAAACCUCAAUCAAAAAACCCAGAUUAUGGUGUACCCGAAAGCUUGUUUAAACCACUACCUGAUGAAGAGAUGCUACCACCUUCUACAGUUAAGGAUAUGAAAUUCGGAAUCUUGGUGGCAACACUAAUCGAUGAAUCUAAAAGUGAAUAUAUAGAUAAACUAAUUGCGCAUAUAUCAAAAUGCAUUGACAUUUUCAAAUCGUGGUUAACUGUGAACAUUUUAAAUGAAAAUGAAACAGCUAGUCCACCAGACGAAAAAUUUACAAUGUCUCAAGAAUUUGGUAAUCCUAUACUUUCCGAUAGAGAUCUGAGAGCCCUGUUAAAGUUAAUUGGAUAUAAUAUUCCAAUGUCAGCAGCAGAAGCAUGCUAUUUACCUGGUUCACUUGAAAUUUCACAGCUUAAAGAAGCUUUGGAUUUGCUGAAAAAAUAUACAACUACAACAUUUGAAACUCCGAAUGGAUUAGCUGCAUCAACAUACUUGAUACGCCCAAGAAAAGUUUACGAUUAUGUAUCUAGUGAAGAGGAUGGAUGGACAGGGAACGAACAGUACGAUUUAACUGAUCCCAAUAUUGUUCAAGAUGACGAAAUUGAUGAUAGUGACUAUUUCAGGGACUUGGACAACAAAAUUAAGAUCCAUACAAGGGAAAACAAUUCGCAUAAAAAAGGUAUAGCAGCAUCAAGAAAAAAGAGUAGUACUAAGAAAUCUAAGAACAGCGUUACUUCAAAAAAAAGAAAUAAUCCAGAAACUCUUAAACCACAAAAACAACAAUCGAAAGUUUUUAGCAAAGAAUAUGUUGAUUCUGAUGAUUCUGAUGAUGAAGAUCAGUUUAAUCCAAUAUUCUUUGAAAAUGAAAUGUAUUUACGUUGGCUGCUGGAUAAAAAUGGUGGGCAAUUAUCACCAAUGCAACACAACAUAUUUGGGAAAUUUAUUAAGGAGAGAAUAGACAAUAAUGGGAGCAUUUUAAGCGAUUUUUCUGAGUUAUUUAAUGGGCCUAUUCCCCCUAUCGAAUCCUUACAUCGUUCUAACACAAUUAGAGGAGAUGUCAGUAAUAGCAUUAUUAGCACAAACAAAGGGCUAGGAGCUGCUUCAUUAAACCAAUCAUCCCUCGACAAGAUUACAAGCAACAGAAAUAUAGUGAAUUCAAUAUUAAGUAAAAAUAUAUCAGAUGAAGAAGAUACAUUUAUCUUAGAUAGCGACUAUAACUCAGAAGUAAUACCCAUUGAAAAUUCAAAUAAAAGAACACAUGAAGAUGGUACACCUACAUCUAAUAAUUUAGAAGAAGGGAAAAUUCAGGUUAGAAAAUCAAAAAUAAGAAAGAUAGCAUUGAAUGAUGAUGAAGAGGAAUAA